UGUUGCACAGUUUUGUUAGUGUGGUGUACUACAGACAUGUUCUUCAGCAUCUCUCUACUUGUACUUUCUGUCCUUCCGCUGUGUGGAGGAAUGGAGAGUCGUAUUAUUGGAGGAAAUGAAACAAAACCACACUCCCGACCCUACAUGGUGUCUGUUCAGAUAAAAAAUUUCCAUGUGUGUGGUGGUACGCUGAUCAAAAACGAUUAUGUGCUGACUGCAGCCCACUGUGUAGACAAAAUUAAACACCCUAGAGAGGACAAGCUUGAAGUGGUCCUGGGAGCUCACAACAUCAGUCGAAAUGAACCGCAGCAGCAGAGAAUCCAAGUACAGAAUUACACCAAGCAUCCUUGUUACAAGAAGAAUGAACGUUUAAAUGAUAUCAUGCUAUUGAAGCUUAAGUCCAAACCCAAGAAGAGCGAAGCUGUAAAGCCUAUUGGUCUUCCUACACAAAAUGAAAACAUUCCAGACAAGGCAAAAUGUUCAAUCGCUGGCUGGGGCAGAACACACCAGGACAGCGCUGCAUCAAGUGUUCUACGAGAAGUCACGCUGAAGAUACAAAAUAACACCGAGUGCAAGAGACUUUGGCAGCACUAUUUUGACAUAGACAACAUGAUCUGCACUGCCUCUGAUGGGAGGAAAGCUUUUUGCCAGGGUGAUUCAGGGAGUCCUCUUAUCUGUGGUAAUAAAACACAAGGAUUAGCUGCAUACACCCAUCCUAAAAACUGCACAGACCCCCGGUAUCCAGAGGUUUAUAUGAAGAUCUCCUACUUUAUUCCAUGGAUUGAAGAAGUUAUACGCUAG